UAUGAAAUGAGAUAACAGUUUAAUAUUACACAUCUCCAUCGCGUCUGAUAGGUGUUUACGAAUUCACUUAACUCUGAUUUGUAUGCUUUUCUGUUACGGACGUGAAAUAGGUUGGCCAUUGUAGCGCGAAGGAACGCAUUAUUGUACGAAAAUCCUGAUUGCUGGGCUCGGUGAAAUCUGUGCCAGGAACGAGUGAAACCCGGGUCCACGCGAGAAGUCGGCUUCGCACCUGGGAGUAUCCUGAGGCGAUAACGGGAGAUAACGCAGCUUUGUCUUGAGCGCACCAGUUGCUUGAUGCUUAGCCGAGGCUGCGAAUCGUAGAAUGGUUCUGAGGACUGCCACAGCAAGGCUGGUGGCGGCGCUGCUGGCGGCGUGGGUGUGCGCGGCUGCCGGCGCCGGCCGCUGCCCGCCGGGCUGCCGCUGCUCGCCGGACGGGCUGUCCGCGUCGUGCGUCGACCUGCAGGCGGACCGCCUGCCCCAGGGGCUGGCGCCCACGCUCUCCACGCUCGACGUCUCCCACCACCGGCUGCGCGCCGUCGACGGCCGCACCUUCGCCGACCUGCCGCAGCUGCAGACGCUCGACGUUUCGCGCGGACGCAUCACGCAGGUUUCAGAUGGCGCAUUCCACGGGCUGGCGCGACUCCACCAGCUUGUGCUGUCGGACAACUGGCUGACUUCCGUGCCGGUGGACGCGUUCCCAGCCAGCCUGCUGGAGCUGGACCUCUCGAACAACCCACUGUCGCUGCCCACGGCUGGGCCCUUCCUGAGGGCGGAGGGCAUCACCACGCUCAACCUGUCGCACUGUGCCGUCACCUCCGUGGGCGACGACGUCUUCUCACAGAUGCCGUCGCUCGUACAGCUCGAUCUAAGGGGGAACCCCCUGAACCAGCUGUCACCGUUGGCCUUCCUUGGGCUGCGCCAGCUCUUUGUGGACGAGGGCUCUUUGGGCGUCCAUACCUAUGCUGUCAAGCAGGUCGUCCAGGAUGUGGUCGAAGUGCCCAGGAUAGGUGCGACCACGCUAGAAGACUUCACGCCGGAGCAGCAGCUACAUCAAGGUGAUCCCCUUGUGGAAGAUCCUCCCUCUGUGUAUGACGAUCCGGAAACAGACGCCUACACCGAUAGCGCUUCAAAUGGCGCAGUGGGCUGGCAGAAAGACACUCCGGUCUUCAACGAUUUCUCGUCUCUGUUCGGACCGGUGCCCCAGGACGCGGCCGACUCUAACCUCUUCAAAGGGGCUCCGUUCCAGGCGACGGGCGAGGUGACCGUGGUGUACGCGGCGGACCUGAAGAACCUGAAGGACACGCUGCUGGUGCUGGCGGCGCUCGCCGUGCUGUGCUUCCUGCUGGCGGCCUUGCAGAGGGCGGUGGAUGGCGCCAGAGCGGCCCGCGGCCGGCGGCGCUGCCUGCUCGACGCCUGCUCCAGGGGGGGCCGCGACCGUCAGCGCCCGCCCCAGCAGAGCCCGGACGACGGCGACUUCUUCUGGUGGGACACGGAGACCUCCUGGUCGGAGGCGGGGAAGCCCCGCAGCGGCGACCUGCCGCCCCCGUACCCCUACCCGCCCACCUACGAGGACAGUCUCACCGUCACCGUCACUCCCAACUCCAACUGUGACGGGCAGGCAGACAGCGCCACCAGAGUCUGGCACCAGCCCGCCAGCGUUCACCAAGCGAGGGGGCAACCUGACGCGGUCGACAACUCACGCGUGUCGCGCUCUGCUGACGCGUAACGCGUCUGUCCUAGUAGUCUUAUUCAAAGUAAAGUAGAGCGUCGAUAAUCCGAAGUAAUUGGGGGACAUGGGUGUUCGGAAAACUGGUAUCUUCGGAUAAUCGAACUGUACAUGUUUCUUUGCCAAAAAGAAGUACUGUACAGUAAAUUUAUUCAUAAAAACAGGCGUCUCUUUCAGUAUUACAAAGUAACAUACAAAGCCAACUUCAGUGAGAAUAUAUAGUAUGUGGCACAGUUUAUUAAACAAAAAUAUAUACAAUAUCACAUACGCA